CUAGGUUUGACAGGAGACAGAUAUCGUAAAGGAGACAGGGCACUACUCUCCUUCUGGACCGUCACUUAUCGACUCUUGUAAGCUCUAAGACAAACAAAGUCAAACAACAUUAAACCAGUCCGGGAAUAAAAUUCCAUAAACUAACAAGCUUUUAACGAACACCCAUAGCGAUCUAUAUUUCCGGGUAACCGCUGCACAAAUUCCAUUAAAAAUGUGUUACCAAUGGUAAGAAAGGCUUAAAUCUCGCUGCAUGUGUGCAUUAAGUUACAUAUAAGAAAUCUGCACAGAUGCCUUACCAUCGUCAGGACAUUAAAGGUAUUAUAUAGAGAUGGCGAAAUAUACAAAAAUCAAACGCUACUGUAUUUUUGUAUUUCUGUUUGCUUUUGCAAUGGAAUUGCUACAAUUCCUUCAUACCGAAUCAUGGAUCAAAGUCAAAAGUAUAUGUCCAUCAACCAUCUGUUCUAAGCAUGGGCUACUGUUGUCUUGGAUGGGAUCUAAUAAAUCCGUGACUCAUGUGUUAGCUGACGAGCAAGCGAAGCAAUCACAUGAUAUUUAUCAUGACCGUUUCCAUUUUGUUUUUCCUGAUUUGCCAAGGCAAAGCGUCCUACCAGUAAGUUGUCCGUUGCUCUUUGCUGGUAAUAAAACAGAACAAAAGCGUGCAAUGUUAUUCAAGAGAUCGUUACAAACAACAUCGUCAAUAUACUACCAGGAACAGGUACAAAACUGUACAAUAUUUAAACAGAGUUACAUCACGAGUUACCUAACCCGGGAGGAAAAGGAGUUUCCAUUGGCAUAUAGUUUAUUAGUAUACAAAGACCUAAUGCAAGUCGAACGACUUCUAAGGGCAAUAUACAGGCCACAGAAUGUUUAUUGUAUACAUAUAGAUUUAACAACUGCGGAGGAUUUCCGAAAAACAUUAUCAACGAUUGCAGAUUGUUUUGAUAAUGUGUUUAUAACAAAACGAUCGGUGAAUGUAAGAUGGGGGACAUUUACAGUUCUGGAGCCAGAAAUUUUGUGUAUGGAGGAACUAUGGAAAUACAAAACAUGGAAGUACUUUAUCAACCUGACAGGACAAGAGUUUCCCCUACGAACGAACGGAGAACUUGUCAAGAUAUUGAAAAUAUAUAAUGGCACCAACGACGUUGCUGGUACACUGAAAAGGGCUAAUGUACGGAGAUGGGCUAAAGCAGGAACGCCCCCUGCUGGUAUUACCCCUGGGAAGGGGGGUGUCCAUAUCACAGUAAACAGACACUUUGUAGAUUAUAUACUUCAUAAUCAAACUGCACAAGCGUUUUUGAACUGGUGCAGAAAUACAUCUGUUCCAGACGAGACGUUUUUUGCGUCGUUGAACCACAAUGCUCACCUUGGUAUCCCAGGAUCUGCUAACGGUUACGUGGAACCGUAUAUAAAGAACUCAAGAUUCAAAAAUUGGGGAACCCAACCUUGUGCUGGAAGGAUGGUACGAUCAAUUUGUAUAUUUGGCAUCGGAGACUUGCCUGUACUUUCCAAAAGAAAGGAAUUAUUUGCAAAUAAGUUUUACAUGAACUAUCAGACUUUCACAUUCGACUGUAUGGAGGAGCUUAUCUACAACAGAACAAAAGAUGGUUAUUUCAAAAAGAUGGACGUAAAUACGACGUAUUACGAAAAUCUGCAGUUUUUGAAAAAUCGCAUUUAAUGAUGAGUGGGAACCGUUGAUGACUCCAUAAUCCAAUACGAUCCAAAGAAAGAGUGAAUCCGACAUUUACCGCACAUGUUUUGGUGUUUAAGGCCACAUUACUACAGGUAUUGUGAUGUUUUCAUUAAAGUGCCAAUCCUAAUAGUAGACACGCUAUCUACUGUGGGGGUAUAGAAGAAACAAAACAGCAGAUUAUCUUAAUAAUUUAGAAGAAAUCCUGACAUAAACAAAUACUGACUCGUAUACUUAAAAGUUUGUUUUCAUUAAAAAAAACAUAUA